UGUGAAUCGAUCUACAGCAGUGAUAUAGUAUAGAGAUCACUGAUCUACAGGAACGCACAGCCAGUCUCUUGCGAGAUACUACUGGUCAAGUGGUCACGGCUUGUGGCGCAGGCAUAAAUGUAUGUCCGUGGGUUGUGGUCAUUAAUGAAAACCUUUGGCGUCAAUUGAGCGAGUGUUUAUGUUUGAAUCAGCGGAUGUGUAGUGUUUAUAUCUGCAAGUAGUAAUGCUGAAGCGUUAUUUGCUGUGGUUUGCCAAUGAACAUAUUGAAUUUAGAAUACCGUGGUCAUCUUAAAAAUAGAAUCUAUUUGAGUCCACACAAGUCUGGAAAGUGUCCCUUUCACUGCUGGAGGACUUUCCAAUACUUAACAUGGCAAAAUUCUACCCCUACGUUGUGCGGGAUUGACACACAGUACUGAGAUUGCCUUUGGGCUCGUGGACUAGCACGGGACAGGGGAUGUGUAGGUUUGAGCGAGCCUGUCAAUGACUCAGCGCUUCUGCUAUCAGGAAAUUGAAUCCAUCUCUUCACUGUUCAGCAUACAGCUCAAUUGGGUUGAGAAACAUACUUACCAUCCAUACUGCAUAAUUGAUUUGCAUGAUGAAGAGGCAGCUCUUCAAAUAGCUUCGAGAUCUGUGGCUCUCAGAUGGUGUUUGGAAUUGUGGGCACGUGCUAAAACAGAUGAAGAGUUGCACAGGAAUCUGAAGUCAUAUCCACAUGAAAGGAUGAAACCAUUUCUCCAAGAUAACCUCUCAUUCAAGAUCAAAGUGGAAACCUUCUGCAAUAGUCAAACUCAGGAAGAAAAAGUCUCUAAAAUUGAGUCAUUCAGUUACUUACCAUUAAAGGGUCCUGUCAGAUUGAAGAAUCCUGAUGUUGUGUUGCAGUAUAUUGAAUACUAUGGACAGGAUUCUAACAGAAUUCCUGAAAAGCCAUAUGACCUUUUCUUUGGACGCUGGAUUGCUGAUGGCCAGAGAGAUCUCAUUACUAAGCUUUCUCUUAAAACUAGAAAGUUUAUUGGUAACACUAGCAUGGAUCCUCAAUUAUCUUUACUUAUGGCAAAUCAAGCUCGUGUGCAAGAAGCAGAUCUGGUGCUUGACCCUUUUGUGGGAUCAGGAUCACUUCUAGUUGCUGCUGCACAGUUCGGAGGCUACGUUCUUGGAACAGAUAUAGAUUAUUUAAUGUUGCAUGGAAAGACCCGACCCACAAGAAUACAAAAGAAGAAAAAGAGAGAUGAAGAUGAAAGUAUACGCACCAAUCUGAAACAGUAUGGAAGAAGCAGCCAGUACAUAGAUGUAAUUGUUGCUGAUUCUUCUCUUCCUGUAUGGCAUCCUGACUUCAAAGUGGAUGCAAUUGUUACUGACCCUCCUUAUGGGAUUCGCGAAGCCACGGAACGCAUAGGUUCAACUAAGAGUUACCAAAUUAGUGAGGAGCAUUUACAGAGCCACAUCCCAUCGAAAGUUGUGUAUGGACUACAGCAAAUUUACUGUGACCUCCUGAACUUUGCUGCAAACCACCUUGUUAUAGAAGGCAGAUUAGUGUGUUGGAUUCCAGUAGUCAGAAGUGAAUACUCUGAAGAAAAAUUACCAACACAUCCUCAACUUGAGUUAAUUGCUAAUUCUGAACAAAUACUGAGUGUGUAUACAAGCAGAAGGCUAUUAACAUUUAAGAAAGUAGCAGAGAAAGUAGACCAAGUUGGGCAGCCUGACUGCGAAGCUCUGACAGCCGAAUUUCGUGAAAAAUUCUUUCGUUUUGGUGAAGAAGUUAGGAAAUAUCGCAAGCUACAUAAAAAUGAGUUGAAAACAGUUGUCAGCAGGAAUGAACCAACAAGCGAGAAAGAAGACCACUGAGUAGUGUCAGAGGAAUGUUGAAGUAUGUGGAAGGAAACAAGAACUGCAAAUGGAAGUGAUAAGUGCUCUGAAUGUGGAACACAAAAAUAUACUGGUGUUCCUAUUAAGUUGAUGCGAAUGAUGUGCAGCAUUGUACCUGUUGAAUCUUUGCUUGUAGUGAUAAGAAAAGGUGUGUGUGUGUGUGUGUGUGUGUGUGUGUGUGUGUGUGUGUGUGUGUGUGUGUGUGUGUUUGUUUUGUAGCGUGUCAAGACUUUACUUGUGUUGUCUAUAUUUAUUAUAAUUGCUCCUGAAUUUAUUUCUGCCCAAAACACAAUUUUAAGCAUUUACAUUCCAUCUUGUGUACAGUUCCUACUCCUUUUAUCAAUCCAACAAUGUACAACUCUUAAAAUUUUAUUGGGACCAAAUACAUUUCCUGUUUUAG